GUGCCCAUAAAGGAGUCCCAGAUAGGGUGUCCAGUGUGCAGACCAAUGAGAACCCCAGAGGCGACAGAUGGGUCAUUUCCUCCCUGGUUAUCUGCACCCUCCCUUGGGGCCUUAAAAACCACAGCCCUCAGGCAGGAGGGAUCUCAGAUCAACGGGGAACCCAGGAGACCUGAAUAUGGACCCCAUGGAUAACAGCACCCCUGACUACUCCCAUUAUGACGGCACGAGCAAUGAACCCGGGACACCUGUGGACAACCCUUCCGGCACCCCAACUCUGAGUGUUCCAGAUAUCAUUGCCCUGGUCAUCUUUGCGGCCGUCUUCGUGGUGGGAGUGCCGGGCAACGCCCUGGUGGUCUGGGUGACAGGGUCCGAGGCCAGGCGAACCGUCAACGCCAUCUGGUUUCUCAACCUGGCCGUGGCUGACCUCCUCUCCUGCCUGGCGCUGCCCAUCUUGUUUGCGUCCAUCAUCCUGCACGGCCACUGGCCCUUCGGCGGGGCUGCCUGCCGCGUCCUGCCCUCUCUGAUCCUGCUCAACAUGUACGCCAGCAUCCUGCUCCUGGCCACCAUCAGCGCCGACCGCUUUGUGCUGGUGGUGAAUCCCGUCUGGUGCCAGAACUACCGGGGGGCCGGCUUGGCCUGGACCGCCUGUGCUGGGGCCUGGGGCUUGGCUCUGCUGCUCACCACGCCCUCUUUCUUGUACCGCUCCUUGCGUGAGGAGCACUUUCCUUACAAGUUGAGGUGUGGUGUGGACUACGGCCAAGACGGCUACGGGAAAGAGAGGGCCGUGGCCAUCAUUCGGCUGGUCGUGGGCUUCCUGGGUCCGCUGGUCACCCUUGCCAUCUGUUACACCUUCCUCCUGAUCCGAGCCUGGAGCCGCAGUGCCACACGCUCCACCAAGACCCUCAAGGUGGUGGUGGCAGUGGUGACCAGUUUCUUCGUCUUCUGGCUGCCCUACCAGGUGACGGGGAUGAUGCUAGCCUUCCUCCACAAGAGCCACCACGGCUUCAGUCUCGUGACCAAUGUCGACGCCCUGUGCGUCUCCUUGGCUUACGUCAACUGUUGCAUUAAUCCCAUCAUCUAUGUGGUCGCUGCCCAGGGCUUCCAGUCGAGGUUCCUCAAGACCCUCCCCUCCGUUCUCCGGAAAGUGUUGACCGAGGAGACUGUGAGCAGGGAGUCGAGGUCCUACACGCUCUCCACGAUGGACACUCCAUCCCAGAAGAUCCAGGCCGCGUAAGGGGAGCCCUCCCAGGCCACCAUCUGCCCCGGGAUCCUCACCUGCCUUCCCGUCUAUUUUCUCUGUUGAUUUUAACUCAGCCCUUGGUGAGGUGGUGGUGUUUUCAUGAAGUCUUCUCCAUUUCUUCCAUCUUUCCCGGACUUGUCCUUCCCCUUCUAGACGAACUCUUCUCAUCCGUCCUCAUUUCCCAGGUUAACACUUCCUUCUAGGGACCCCCGACCUUUCUUUCCAUCCAUGGACUUUGAAAAACCACCAGGAACCAGUCUGCAGCCCCUCAUCCAGCAAUAUGUUUGUGUGUGCAGAGAGUGUGAAUAGAAUAUAUUGGAUACAUAGACUCCAGAUGCGUAGAAACAUUCUAACCUUGUUCAAAAAAUAGCUGUGUGUUUAUUUUCUGGAGAGUUGGGAAAAAAAAGUAACCGGCUUCUCAAAACUUAUUCUUGUUUAGGACAAAGCAGAAGGACAUGGGCCUAUCUAAGCUUUUAUAAGUGAGUUGAUUUGAACAAAAACAGUAAGUUAAAAUGAUAAUUGGGUUUUGAAAAAGAUAUUAAGUAAAAACAUGUCAUGUGGUUAUGGCGAAAAGCCUGAGGAAGGCAUGCUGAAGACAGAGGUUCGGAAACGUUUGGUUGAGCACCUCCAAGCACCAGGGUCACAGGAGAAUUUGACUUUUUACUUUGUAAACUGGUGUUUUGUUUGAAUCUUUUGAAAAAAAUUAAACUUUUUCUUUUGAGAUCAUUGUAGACUCACAUGCAAUUGUAAAUAAUAAUACAGAGGCAUCCUGUGUAGCCUCGACCUGCUUCCCUCCAUAGGAACAUCUUGCAAAAAGACAUUGCAACAUCACAGCCAGGAUGUUGACGCUGAGAUUGUCGAGGUACAGGACACUUUCUUCACCCCCGGGAUCCCUUGCCCUUUUCUAGACACUUCCACUUCCCUCCACCCUCCCCAGUGUUGUCCCCAGCCCCUGGCAAUGACGAAUCUGCUGUCCAUCUCUAGAGUUUUGUCCUUUCAAGAACGCUAUAUCAAUGGAAUAAUACAGCAUGUAACCUUUUGAAUUGCAAAAAAAACUAGUAUGUAUCACUUGAAUAAUGAAAAUAAAAAAUAAUCAAUGUUGAAA